CGAGCCAGGCGGCAGGCAGGCAGCCCCUUUCGCAAAGCACCCCCUAAGCCUGGUUAGGGGCGAAGGCGGCGAGCCGCGGAGGCCACAACACGACCGCCGUCCUCAUUGGUCGACGCGCUUGUCCUGGGUGGGGCUCCGGAAAAAUUGGAGGGGAGAAAAAUCCCCCCUAAAUAGCUGCGGCUACGGCCACGAAAAACUAGAAUCCGCUCAGCCGGCACCGAGUGCGCGUCAGUCCGAUUUAUUUUACAAGUUCGCGCUACGAAGGUGCGCUCGCGAAACAUCAACUCGAAUCUGGAGCACGAUCAACUUUCUUCGCUGAGAGAGAAAGAGAGAGAAAGUGAGGGGGGCACAAAGAGAUAACUUGUGUUUAUUGUUUAUUGUGCUUAUUGUUUUUUUCGCGAAUGUGACAGCAGUGAAUUAUGAAAAAAAGACCAGUGACCGAUUGUGUUAUCAGUGUUUGCGCGUACAAGUUGAUAGCCGUGAAAGAAUAAUCAUACUCUUUUCUUUUGGACUUUCCGCCAAAAAUUGGAAAAAGAAUGCAUUUGCCGGAUGGUCCGUUGGCGAUGGAAACUUACAAGGCAAUCUACGAAGCCCUCAGAAGCUGUCAUGGGGAUUUGGUGCAGACAGGAAGUCCCACCAUCCUGUGCUCUACGCUACCGUGCCACUGGAGGUCAAACAAGUCUCUUCCGGUAGCGUUCAAGGUCAUUGCACUUGACGAAGUCAGCGACGGUACCCUGGUCACCAUUAGGGCGGGCAAUGACGAGAACUGCUUCGGCGAACUGAGAAAUUGCACGGCCGUCAUGAAGAAUCAAGUCGCCAAGUUCAACGAUCUUAGAUUCGUCGGUCGCAGCGGAAGAGGAAAAUCAUUCUCACUGACAAUCCAGAUCAGCUCGAUGCCGCACCAAAUAGCUACCUAUUCCAAAGCCAUCAAGGUCACAGUCGACGGACCACGCGAGCCAAGAUCUAAAGCGAAUUGUCAAUAUAUCCCCGGAUUUCCAGGAUUGGGCGGCUUACUCAAUCCUUGGCUGGACACCGCGUAUCUCGGACACGGCUGGCAUUUGCCGCAUCCUGCUCUGAUUAAAGGAGCGAUGCCAAUGCCACCACCCGCGGACCUGUUCAAUCCGGGCUUCCCGCCGGUCUUCCCGCCGUACACGUUCGAUGCCAUCAAAUAUUCCGAAUACGCGGCACUGACGGCCGGUACGACGACCAUGACGACAACUGCCUCGACGACAGCGGCAACGGCCGGCAUUCUGUCGAGUAGCCCGUCCAGAUCACCACCCAGUGGCAACACGUCCAGCAACGACUCACCGACCGACGAGAUCCGAAGUGCCUUCGUGCCCCUUCGAAUCAACACUCUGCCCCCGAGCACGUCCACGACGUCGCCGCCGGACAAGAGCGAGAGGAAGCCAACCGAAGGCGUGAGGAACGCCCUGAAGGCGCCUACCGCUCUCAUCUCCCAGAGGCUAUCGCAAUCCGAGAGGAGGAGUCCGUCGCCGACCAAGCCAUCUACGAAACCAGUCUGGAGGCCAUAUUCGAAACCAUAGAUCCAACCGGACUCGUGCGAUAAUGACAAUUCAUAAUGACAAGGUCCUGAAAGGCUAGUGAGAGAUAAUUCGUCGCCGCCAUGUAACGGAUGACGCCGUUUCUGACGCGAGCUUCUUAGCUCAUCAGAUUUUAACUCUGGAAAAAAUGGCAAAAUGUCUUCGUGUUAUCGUUUUUCCGAGUGUUCGUUAGCGCGCACGCAAGCGCAUUUCUUUCUUCGGUUUUACGAAGGUAGGAAGAACACGGGGGAGAAGGAUAAGGGGUCAUUUUGUCGAUUUAAAUCUAAAAAGUUGUUCGUAAUUUAUAAAUAAUUUUAUUAAUAAAUUAGAAAUUUAUAUAAUUCACGACGAAAUUUGAACAAAUGUACACAUAUACGAAAACGAAUUGUAUAUAUGUCGUGUAUAUAGUUCGUGGACAAUAAAGCAUAGUUAUAAA